UAGAUAUUCUUAUGGGUGGACUGAAGGUGUCCUGUUUAUUGGACACCGGCUCUAUGGUGUCUACUGUCACCGAGAGUUUCUUUUUGCAACACUUUAAGACCGGGAGUUUACAGGCUUGCAGGUGGCUUCAGCUUAAGGCUGCUAAUGGCCUGGCCAUUCCUUAUUUGGGUUAUCUAGAGGUAGAUGUUUUCUUGUGCGGUAGAGUCAUACCAGGUUGUGGCAUACUUGUAGUAAAAGAUCCUCCCGGGGGUGUCCGUGUCCCGGGGGUCCUUGGGAUGAACGUAAUUAGCAAAUGCUACGAACUUUUGUUUUUGCAACAUGGACCUGCUUUGUUUGAGUUACCAACUGUGUCUCAGGCACCUGGUCAUGUGUUCCAAGCCUUACAGCAGUGUUAUCAGGCAGGUGUUGAACCCUGCCCUGAUGUGAAGAGUGUUGUUAAAUUAAGUCAGGGUAGGGUUCAGCGUAUUCCAGGGGGCGUGACCAAGUUUGUCAGGGCGACAUGUGCAGAUCACUUGUCUGGUAGCACUGCCUUAUUUGAGCCUCUCGACUCUGGCCUGCCAGGUGGCCUGUUAGCAUCUCCCUCUUUGGUACGGGUGUUUGGGGGUACAGUUUAUGUUCCUAUGGUAAAUGUGGGCACUACUGAUGUUCUUCUCUAUGCUCGCACCCAAUUAGGUUAUCUGCGUAGGGUGGAUGUAGUCAGUUUGCCUGAGGGCGUAGCUGAGUUGAGGGCCAUUGAAGUUGUGGGUUCAUCUCCCAGCUCAAUUAGUAGUCAUAUAGAUGCCCUUGAUUUAUCUAAUCUUAGCAGAGAGGAGGCCCAACAGGUAAGGGCAUUGUUGGUUGAGUACCAAGCAGUGUUUUCGGCUCAUGAGGGAGAUUUGGGCUGCACUAGUCUUAUAUCCCAUGAAAUCCCCCUGUUAGAUGACGUUCCGGUUCGGCAACGCUAUAGGCGGUUACCACCAUCUGAGUAUGAGGUUGUUAAAGCCCAUAUCAAUCAACUGCUGGAGACGCAGGUUGUUAGGGAGAGCUGCAGUCCCUAUGCGUCCCCCAUUGUGGUGGUGCGGAAAAAGGAUGGUAGCCUUCGUCUCUGCGUGGACUACCGUCAAUUAAAUCAAAAGACUCGUAAAGAUGCGUUUCCGCUACCACGCAUUGAAGAAUCGUUGGAUGCCCUUUCUGGGGCCCAUUGGUUCUCUACUCUUGACUUAGUCAGCGGUUACAAUCAAGUUCCUGUGGCAGAGAAGGAUAAAGCCAAAACAGCCUUCUGUACUCCUUUUGGAUUAUUCGAGUUCAACCGUAUGCCUUUCGGCCUCUGCAACGCCCCAAGUACUUUCCAGCGACUCAUGCAACGCUUGUUUGGAGAACAGCAUUGUCAAUCUCUCUUACUUUACCUUGAUGAUGUUGUGGUUUUCUCUUCUUCCAUCCCACAGCAUCUGGAACGAUUAGAGGGGGUGUUAAGCCGACUGAGACAAGAAGGACUCAAAGCCAAGCUGGAGAAGUGCACCUUUUUAAAGCAGGAGGUUGGCUAUUUGGGGCAUGUCAUCUCCAGCGCUGGUGUCUCUACGGACCCAGGGAAAAUCGAGGCUGUGGCGCAGUGGCGACGUCCAAGCCAGGUGUCGGAGCUGCGUUCGUUCCUUGGAUUUACCAGCUAUUACCGGCGCUUCGUGGAGGGCUUUGCGAAGAUAGCUGCACCCCUCCAUAAGUUAGUAGCAGAGUUGACUGGUACCAAGGCCCGGAAAAGGACCGGACAAGGAUUGGCGGAGGCCUGGACAGAAGCCUGUGAGCGGAGCUUCGAGGAAUUGAAAGCUAAACUUACCUCCAGCCCAGUAUUAGCAUAUGCCAAUUUCACACUACCCUUCAUCCUGGAAAUAGACGCUAGUCAUAGUGGCCUGGGAGCAGUCUUGUCGCAAGAACAGGACGGCAAGGUCCGGCCAAUAGCCUACGCAAGUCGUGGUCUUCGUCCCCCUGAACGUAACAUGCUUAAUUAUAGUUCAAUGAAAUUAGAGUUUCUGGCCCUGAAAUGGGCAGUCACUGAGAAGUUCCGUGAGUAUCUCUUAGGGCAAAAGUGUAUCAUCUACACCGAUAAUAAUCCCUUGAGUCAUCGCUCGGCUAAGUUGGGGGCCACGGAGCAGCGAUGGGUGGCCCAAUUGGCCUGUUUUGACUAUGAGAUUCGAUACCGGUCUGGCAGAGUAAACAGGAACGCGGAUGCGUUAUCCCGACAGUAUCAACCAGAGAACAUCACCACCUCUGUUCCAGAAUUACUCCGACAGACCGGAGUGAUACCAUCAUCUCAGGUAACUCAAACGGUCAUCUUCGCCUUACCCCAUCACUCUGCCUCUGAUAUAUGUUCUCUCCAGUGGUCAGACCCUGUUAUUCAAGCGAUUUGGACCCUUCGAAAACAGAAGAGUUACCCUGGUUUAACGAUGCGUCAAGCACUAUCCUCCCAGGCGUUGGCGUUAUUACGGCACUGGGAUCGUCUGGUGGAGAUUGAUGGGGUCUUACACCGUCGCACUUUUCGACCUAAUGGGGGUGAGGAGGUGUUUCAAGUAGUCCUACCAGCAGCGUUGAAGCAAGAGGUACUUACCCAGCUACACAAUGAUCAUGGGCAUCAGGGGGUGGAACGGACAAUGGAGUUGGUCCGUCAACGCUGCUUUUGGCCCGGAAUGGCAGCAGAGGUAAAGCGCUGGUGCCAGGAGUGCGAGAGGUGUCAGGUGGCGAAGCAUAUAAACCCCUCUGCCCCUAGCUUCAUGGGACAUCUGUUGGCUUCACGGCCCAAUGAGAUUUUGGCCAUGGACUUUACCGUGUUGGAGCCCUCAAAUAACGGCCUAGAAAAUGUACUUGUCAUGACAGACAUUUUUAGUAAGUUUACAGUGGCCAUACCCACCCGGGACCAGAGGGCCUCUACGGUGGCCCAGGUUCUCGUGACCGAGUGGUUUUACAAGUUUGGAGUACCUAGCCGGCUCCACUCCGACCAGGGUCGUAGUUUUGAGGGCAACCUAAUUCAACAGCUUUGCCAUCUGUAUGGAGUUACACGGUCACGAACCACACCGUACCACCCCGCUGGCAACGGUCAAUGCGAGCGUUUCAAUAGGACAAUGCAUAACCUGCUGCGCACCCUACCUGCUUCAAGAAAAAGAGACUGGGCAUCCUGCCUUCCUCAGCUAGUCUUUUGUUACAACACUACUCCACAUCAGUCGACUGGGGAGUCUCCACACUUCUUGAUGUUUGGUCAAGAUCCCCAACUACCAGUAGACUUCUUGUUGGGCAGAGUACGGGAGUCCGGGACCGGUACAGUGCAUGACUGGAUUCAGGAACAUGAGAGUCGACUGCAGGUCGCAUUUGAGGGGGCUAGAGAAAGACUGGCAAGUGCUGCUGCACGUCGCAAGGACUAUCACGACAAGAGGGUGAAGGAAAUGCCUCUAUCUGAGGGUCAGCGCGUUUACCUGCGUAAUGUUGGAGUAAGGGGCCGGAACAAAAUUCAAGAUCUGUGGAGCUCUGUGGAUUAUCAGGUGCUGAGGGUACCCAAAGAUAAAGGUGUGGUGUACACAAUCGCACCCGUGAAUGAUCUUGGGAAGGUACGACAUGUACAUCGGACAAUGUUGAAAGCACAACUACAGCCAGAGCCCCAGAACACCUCUCAGGACCAACCAUCUGCACCACUGGAGCCAUCUCAGGAGGAUGUGAAUGAGGAGGAUUUGUGGCUGGUAUUGCCUGCACGUUCGGAUGAUCCCAGUUCAAGUGCUGGCCCUAUGAGAGAUUCUUGUAAUCGGUCGACAGUAACAGAGGUCGAAAGGCUGCCUCCGGUGAUGCCAGCCGCCCGGGAGGCAAGGCCAUUGACCCCUCCUACUGCUCCAAUUGACCAUCCAGGUCCAACCGUGCCUGAGGAGACUCGACCAUCCUUACGACGGACGGCUCGCUUGACUGCGGGACAACAUUCCAAUUUGUACCAUCUUCCUCAGACGGCACAGGGGGGCGCAAGAGGGACUGUUUGCUCUUCCAGGGCUGCGUCUCAGGUAGUUCCGGUUUUGUUUAGGCCCUGGCAAGACCAGACCAACCAAAACAUGCUACAACCUACGCCCACUACCACCACGGCCACGAGUUCCCUACCUACAUCACCCCUUCCCCGGACUAGUGCAUCUGUGCUCGCUACUUCCACCAUAGCCUUUUCCUCUGCCUCUGCCUCUGUAUGUCCCAUGGCCCAACCAGCGCCCUUCUCUGGCGAGGAGGAGGAGUGCAGCGGCUUCCUUCUGCAGUGCGAGCUCUACAUGCAAAUGAUUCCAUCCUCGUUCCCCACUGAACAAUCGAAGGUAGCUUUUUUCAUUUCCCUUAUCCGUGGUCGGGCUUUUCAAUGGGCUCAUGCCCUAUGGAAAGAUCGUGGGCCCGUCACCAGAACCUUCGCCACAUUCUCCAGUCAUUUCCUGGAAGUGUUCUCACAAUCUGUGCACUCAAUCUCCGUGCAAGAUCAGCUGUUUCGUUUGAAGCAAGGGAGAUCCUCAGUUGCUGCAUAUGCUCUGCAGUUCCGGACCCUCGCCGCUACGCUGGGAUGGAAUGAGUCUGCCCUCAUCACCGCAUAUCGCCACGGUCUGAACCCCGACAUUCGCCUUCAGUUAGCCAUCUACGAUGACACAGUGGGUAUCGAGAGCAUCAUACAGCGAUCCAUCCGCAUAGAUCAACGCCGCACUGCUUGCCAGCUAGAUAGCCCUGCACCUCCGCCUCCUCGCCCAUCUGCCGCUUACAGUCCUCCAGCACCAGAGCCGAUGGAGAUCGGGUCUGCACGCCUACCGAUCUCCGAGCGAAACCGCCGCAUAACCAACGGGUUAUGUUUGUAUUGCGGGGCUGCUGGACAUAUGCUAUCCACCUGUCCCAUUCGUCCACCUCGACCCGCCGUGUUCCAGGGGUUUAUGAACGAGAUAUUCAGAGACUUACUACACCAAUUUGUCAUAAUCUACAUCGAUGAUAUCCUCAUAUACUCUCCAGAUCUGUCCACUCACAUUCGCCAUGUCCAAACCGUACUCCAACGCCUCAGAGAUCAUCAACUCUUUCUGAAACUAGAGAAGUGCGAAUUCCAUCUAGACACCGUUCAGUUCCUGGGCUACCUCAUCACUCCCCGCGGUAUAACCAUGGACCAGAGGAAGGUGGAUGCCGUCAACAACUGGACACAACCCACCUCUCGGAAGGACCUCCAACGGUUUCUGGGGUUUGCUAACUUCUAUCGCCGCUUCAUCAAAAACUUCAGUCAGACCUGCUUCCCUCUCACAAACCUCCUCAAGGGCGGGGCCAAGUCUCUGUCCUGGAACACUGACUCCACACGGGCGUUUGACAGCUUGAAACGGGCCUUCAGUUCCGCUCCUACCCUCUCCCUUCCCAAUCCAGCUCUGCCCUUCAUCGUGGAAGUGGAUGCCUCCACCUCCGGGGUAGGAGCGGUUCUUUCCCAGCGGCAGGGGACUCCAUUGCAACUCCAUCCAUGUGCCUUCUACUCCAAAAAACUGUCCCCGGCGGAGCAGAAUUAUGAUAUCGGCAACCGAGAGCUGCUCACAAUCAAACUGGCCUUAGAAGAAUGGAGACACUGGCUGGAGGGGGCUCAACACCCUUUUACCGUCAUCACUGAUCACCGGAACCUCGAAUACCUCUGUGAGGCUAGAAGACUCAACCCCCGUCAAGCUCGCUGGGCCCUCUUCUUCACCCGCUUCAACUUCUCCGUCACCUACCGUCCUGGACACAAGAAUGUAAAAGCAGACGCUCUAUCACGACAGUUCCAGCCCAGUUCUCCUCCUCUCAGUCCCGAGACUACCCUCCCUCCAGCCAUCGUCGUAAGCCCCAUUCAGUGGAGUAUGGACGAUCACAUUACCGAAGCCACCCAAUCCGAACCUGCUCCGCCGGGAGGUCCAGAGGGACGGGUUUACGUCCCGACCCGCCUACGCCUGUCCCUCAUGGACUCAGUACAUACCUCCCCGGGCUCUGGACACCCAGGCAGCCAAUUAACUCUCUCGCUCGUCCAACAACGUUACUGGUGGCCGGGUAUGGCCCAGGAUGUCUCCCGAUACGUCAGGGGAUGCUCAGUCUGUGCCAUGGCCAAGGUUCCCCGUCAUCUUCCCGAAGGCAAACUCAUUCCCCUACCAAUUCCCACUCGACCCUGGUCCCAUCUGGGUGUCGACUUUGUCACUGACCUUCCCCGUUCCAACAAUCACACCUGCAUUCUUGUGGUAGUCGACCGAUUCUCCAAGGCAUGUAAACUGAUUCCUCUCCCCGGGCUCCCUACAGCCUUUGAGACCGCCGAAGCCCUAUUCCACUACGUCUUCAGGAACUUUGGAAUCCCCGAGGACGUCGUAUCUGACAGAGGUCCACAAUUUAUCUCCCGAGUGUGGAAGGCCUUCUUCAAUCUCCUGGGCGUUUCCGUCAGCCUUACGUCGGGGUACCACCCCCAGUCCAACGGCCAGACUGAGCGGAAGAUCCAGGAAAUCGGGAGAUAUUUACGGUCAUACUGCCACGACCACCAGGACUGCUGGAGCCGCUACCUGCCGUGGGCCGAGUAUGCACAAAACUCUCUCCGUCAAUCCACCACAGGGCUCACCCCCUUCCAGUGCAUACUCGGUUACCAACCUCCUCUGUUUCCCUGGUCCGGUGAACCAUCAGAUGUUCCAGCAGUCCAUCACUGGUUCCAGACGAGCGAGAGGGUCUGGGACUCAGCACAUACUCACCUCCAGCGGGCUGUCCGGAGACACAAGAGCCAGGCGGACGUUCGACGUGCCUCAACUCCCCAAUACCAUCCGGGACAAUUGGUCUGGCUCUCCACCCGGGACAUCCGUCUCCGACAGCCCUGUCGUAAGCUGAGUCCCAGAUACAUCGGUCCGUUCGCCAUACAGAGGCAGAUCAACCCCGUCACCUAUCGACUAUCACUGCCUGCUCAUUACCGCAUUGCACCUACCUUCCACCUUUCCCUUCUCAAACCGUAUGCUAAUCCUCUCACUUCUGCCUCCCCAGGGUCUGGUGCUGCGGACGUGCCCCCUCCUCCUACGGACCCGGAGGACGACAACAUCUACCGAGUACAAGAAAUCCUCGACUCCCGGCGACGGGGCGGCCUUCUGGAAUACCUCGUCGACUGGGAAGGAUUUGGGGUGGAAGAGAGAUGUUGGGUUCAGCGGGAGGACAUUCUAGAUCCCACCCUACUCCAGGACUUCCAUUCGGCCCAUCCAGAUCGUCCUGCACCCAGGGGCCGUGGCCGUCCCCGUCGUCGCCCGUCAGCCUCCCGUCUGUUCCUGUCCUUGGUCCCCGUCUGCUGCCAGUCCUCUCCAGUCUCCAGCUCCGUUCCUUUCCCCGCUGUUCCAGCCAGCUCUCCGACCUCCCGCUCCUGUUCAGAUAGGAAACCAUCAUCAGACUGUUUAUAG